GUCACCGUCCACGCAGGAAUAGAGCGAGGGAGAGACCGCGUACAGUGGCGGAUAGUAAACGAGACAACGGGAAAGACCGUGGACUGCGAGCAUGGCGGUCGAAGAGGAAGGUCUUCGGGUUUUCCAGAGUGUCAAAAUAAAAAUCGGUGAAGCUAAGAACAUCCCUCCGUAUCCAGGUCCUAAUAAAAUGCGAGAUUGUUACUGUACAGUGAAUUUGGACCAGGAGGAAGUGUUCAGAACCAAAACCAUAGAGAAAUCUUUAUGUCCGUUCUAUGGUGAAGAUUUUUAUUGUGAAAUCCCACGCAGUUUCCGCCAUCUGUCCUUCUACAUCUUUGACAGAGAUGUUUUCAGGAGGGACUCCAGCAUCGGUAAAGUGGCCGUGAAGAAAGAAGACCUGCAGAAAUACCACGGUAAAGACCACUGGUUCCCACUGCAGCCCGUCAGUGCCGACUCAGAGGUGCAGGGGAAGGUUCACCUGGAGCUACGUCUCAGUGAGGUUAUCACUGACAGCGGAGCAAUCUGCCACAAGCUGGCAACACGUGUUUUGGAGUGUCAGGAUCUGCCGAUAGUGAACGGUCAGUGUGACCCAUACGCUGCUGUGUCAUUACUGGGUCCCUCCAGGUCUGAGGCCAAGAAGACAAAAGUCAAACGUAAAAACAACAACCCUCAGUUUGAUGAGAUCUUCUUCUUUGAGGUGACCAAACCACUCAGUUACACCAAACGACAGUUUGACGUGGAAGAAGACGAUGUUGAUAAACUUGCUCUCAAGGUGGAUCUGUGGAACGCCAGCAAUCUGAAGUUUGGAGACGAGUUUCUGGGAGAGGUACGAGUGCCGCUGAAGGUGCUGGGACAGUCGGGCGUUCAUGAUGCAUGGUACUUCCUGCAGCCUAGAGAUAAUGGGAAUAAAUCGGUGAAAGCUGAUGAGCUGGGCUCGUUAAGACUCAACAUCGUUUACACUGAAGAUCAUGUGUUCUCUACGGAGCAUUAUAACCCACUCAGAGACCUUCUGCUGCACUCUGCACAUGUAAAGCCUGUGUCAGCAUCGGCGGCGCACAUCUUGGGUGAGGCGUGUCGAGAGAAACAUGAAGCGGCCGUUCCUCUAGUGCGACUCUUCCUGCACUAUGGCAAAAUCGUCCCUUUUCUCAGUGCUAUUGCGCACGCUGAGAUCAACCGCACACAGGAUCCGAACACUAUCUUUCGUGGAAACUCACUCACGUCUAAAUGCAUCGAUGAGACCAUGAAACUAGCAGGGAUGCAUUACCUGCAGGUCACGCUCAAACCCAUCAUUGAUGAAAUUUGUACUGAUCACAAACCAUGUGAGAUUGACCCUGUCAAACUGAAAGAGUCUGAAAAUCUAGACACAAACAGGGAAAACUUGCGGCAAUACGUUGAUCGUAUCUUUAAUGUCAUCACCAGCUCAGGUGUCAUUUGCCCCACAGUCAUGUGUGACAUCUUCUUCUCGCUACGAGAAUCUGCGGUAUCCCGUUUUAAAGAUGAUCCAGACGUGCGGUACACAGCUGUCAGUAGUUUCAUCUUCCUGCGUUUCUUUGCACCUGCUAUCUUGUCACCAAAUCUGUUCCACCUUAGACCGCAUCACCCGGAUCCAUGCACAUCACGAACCCUCACGCUCAUUUCCAAAACCAUCCAGACUCUGGGAAGCCUCGCCAAAUCCAAAUCUGCCAAUUUCAAAGAAUCAUACAUGGCUGCAUUCUACGAUUACUUCAAUGAACAAAAAUAUGCAGAUGCUGUGAAAAAUUUUCUGGAUCUGAUUUCAUCUUCGGGUCGUUGGGACGAGAGGAGAAUCGAGACUUCCAUCAUGCUGAAGGAGGGGUUCAUGAUCAAACGAGCUCAAGGACGAAAGCGUUUUGGUCUGAAGAACUUUAAGAAGAGAUGGUUUCGUCUCACUAACCAUGAGUUUACCUACCAUAAAACCAAAGGUAACGCAAAAGGAGAGGGCGCAUUGUGCAGCAUCCCUAUAGAGAACAUCCUGGCUGUAGAGAGACUAGAAGAAGAGUCUUUCAAAAUGAAGAAUAUGUUCCAGGUCAUUCAGCCAGAAAGGGCGCUCUACAUCCAGGCCAAUAACUGUGUGGAUGCGCGUGACUGGAUCGAUAUUCUGACUAAAGUGAGUCAGUGUAACCGUAAGCGUCUGAGCACGUAUCACCCGUCUGCGUACCUCAAUGGCCACUGGCUCUGCUGCAAACUGUCUGCAGACAAUGCGCCCGGCUGCACGCCCUGCACGGGUGGUCUUCCUGCAAACAUUCAGCUGGACGUGGACGGAGACAGAGAGACUGAGCGAAUCUACUCGCUCUACAGCACUUACAUGUCUAAAUUAGUGAAGAUGCAGGAGGCGUGUGGCAGUAGAUCUGUGUAUGAUGGCCCUGAGCAGGAGGAAUACUCCACAUUUGUCAUCGAUGAUCCUCAGGAGACAUAUAAAACUCUGAGACUCAUCAUCUCAGCCGUACAGACGCUGGAACAGCAGCACACGCAGUACAAACGAGACAAAUUCCGGAAAACCAAGUAUGGCAGCCAGGAGCAUCCAAUCGGUGAUCAAAGUUUCCAGUGCUACGUUCGCCAACAGUCAGAAAGCUCCACCUACUCCAUAUGACCACGCCCACUACAGAGCUCCGCCCUGUCUCCAGUCACACCUCCAGUUGCACCUCAAACAAAUGAUACUUUUUCAUUUGUGACAGGAAGGAAAAACCAAAAUAAAAGCUAAUAUCUCUUGUGUUUUUUUUAUCUAAUAACAAGUCAGCAGCUCUCCACUGAGCGCUGUGUCAGCAGCCACGCACUUUAUACCAGACUAGAGCCCGUGGAUGAUGUAGCUCAGCCUCACGGUAGAUUUUUUUUUUUAAACUAGAAGACAAGAGAUUCUCUAGAGAUGGACCCGAGAUGUUUUAAAAAAAAAAACUGAUUAUUCCAUUUCACUUCCAAUCUUCAGGACCAAAUUUCAACAGGGUUUUUGUCAGUGGAAUGCAUCUCAUUGAUGCACGCUUGAAAAUGAGAUCUUCAGUCAUUGACGCGAGGACCUGAAACUGAAUCGAAUGAUGACUGUAACCAUGUUUAUAAAAAAUAAUACGAAAUAUUUGUAUCUGUUUGUUUUAGCCCUUUGUUCAGACGAGUUUCAGUAUUGUUUCACCCCUUUGUGAACAACCCCCCCAGUGGGUUACAUGUCAGCCAAUCAUUACUCCGACUGAAGAAAAUGCUGCAUUGUGGGAAAUGUAGUUGUGUGGGGAUUGCAGCAUGCCAAACUGAUCCAAGUCAUUUCAAGCAUGUGGCAUGAGUUUUAUUAAUCAUUGUUUGUGGGUCCAAUUGUUUUGAGCAUAACUGCUUUCUAUUUACAAAUCUUGUUUGGUUGUGGUAAUUUAUCCAUUUUAAAAAACAUUUUGUGAUAAAAACAAAUUGUCUGGUGACGUCUCUACCGGAAAUUUGUGUCUUUUGUACGUUGUGUUGUGUAUUACAUCUUUUAGGAAGCCGUUUUACUCUGGGCUUUGAAUUCACAAAUAUUUUCCUUUUUGAUGCAGGUUACAUUAUGUGUGUGUGUGUGUGUGUGUGUGUGUGUGUGUGUGUGUGUGUGUGUGUGUGUGUGUGUGUUUGAAUGAGUUUCAUUGAUAAAAUAUCAAAAACAAUAUGGAGAUUUUUUAUGUGAAAGUUACUUUUUAAAUUUUUUUGUUAAAUGUUCAAGUCAUAUUUCACUCCAAAAUCAAAACUACAAAAAAUAUAAUUAUGUUUUGCAUGAAGAAAAUGAAAAUUUUUGUUGCUUUGUGGAAUUUCUUCGUGAUGAUCAGACACAUUUCCCCAAAAAAUUCUCAUUGCUGUAAUGUGAAAAAAAUGUAUAUAUAAUUUAAAUUGUAUUUAUAAAUCAUUGUAGCAUUUGUUGGACUGCUUUAAUGCUGAUUUAAGAAUAAAAGUUACAGAAAUUUUCUGUAACACAUACUGUAUUACAUGUAUUUUAUUACAGUAAUGAAAAUCUUCAAGAAUACAGAGAAUUUUAAAAAGUAAAACAGCUGAAUGCAUUGCAGUAAUGAGAAUUUUGGUGGUAGAAUGCGUUUAAUUUAUGUGAAAAUGGCAAAAAAUCGUAAUGAUCUUAAAAGUAGGCUAUAUGCAAAAAAUCAGGGCUGACAAUGAAUUAAACAUUUUCUUUUAAUUACAUGGCAUGCCGAAUAAUUAAUAAAAUGAAUCGCAUCUAAUCAAUAUUUGCUGAAAAAGGCCCCCUUAUAUAGAAAAUGUAAUCUAAAUAAUACAAAGUAAUUCGUCGAAAGCAUCGUCGUGUGCUUGUCCUCCGGACAUGUAAAUUGGUCAUUCAAUUGUCCGAGUAAAAAAGUUACUUGUCUAUAAAGAAAAAAGGAAAUUUAAGUUACAUGCUCAUUUAACGUCAAAGUUUAUGUUGUAUAUUUUUCCAAAAUUAUGAACAAUGCCCAACCUAAGUAUACCUAUGUAAUCAAUUCAAUUCUCUGCAAGAGAAAUGUAAACUGCACUGGGUAAGGCAGGUGGCAAUUGUCAUAUGGUAAUUAUUUUAUGUUACUUAUGGUAGUCAAAUAAAGGAAAGUCUCCAUCGCCACCAUUAUCAGCAGGGAUGCUCAUAGUUAUAGGAGCUACAAAAUACAAAUUAAGACAAGUCAGUGGUUUUUUAAACAGCUUUAAAAAAGAAAAUAACAGCAGUAGGCUAUCAAGUAUUCAAGUAUGCAACAUAAAACUACUACUGGUCUUUACUGUAUGAUUAUAAAUCAUUCAUACUUUUUAAAGUUAUCCAGUCAAGAUCAGUGAGUGUUUUCUUGAUUUCUUGUUAUGUGUGUUUGAUUAUUAUAAUGAAACACUGCACUGCACUUGCAACAGCAGGUCUGAUAGCUUGCAUUUAUACAUACAAGUCUGAUAUUUGAAUACAAAUCCGCUUUAUUGUUCACAUUAGAUAUCACUCUUUGUUAUUAAAUGAAUCCCUCACCAAGAUGGGCAUUUUGGUGGAAGUUUGAAAUGUAUUUGAUCGUUCAGAUGCACAUUAGCGCAAUUUUCGGAACACGUGCGCAUGUUCAGCACACACACAUAUGCCGCCUGUCAAUCAAAGUGGGCGCAUCUGUUAAUAGAUCACUAGCGAAUUAUACAAUUACGUGCUCUGGAUUUCUUUCAACCACAGAAGUGACACAGGCAUAGGCCAUCACAAAUGUAGCCGGCUAUUUGUUUGUUAUUGACAUUUUAAUCAGUCUGCUUGUCUGGUCGGGCAAGUAAAAUUCUCUUUUACUUGCCCCUUCAAAUUGAUUUCUCCCAGACAAGUGUUAAUGUUGAGCCCUGCUGAUCAGUGUUAUAUGUAUAUGUAUAUGUGUAUAUAUAUAUAUAUAUAUAUAUAUAUAUAUAUAUAUAUAUAUAUAUAUAUACACACACACAUACAGUAUAUGAUUUUGCAGUUAAAUAUGAGCAGGACAUGUGUGAUUCGUCCUUUCAGGAUUUAAUGUCCAAAAUAAUUUCUUGAGUGUUCCUUUUCUGUUCACAGUUGUUAAUGUGUUUAUUUGUUUAUGAAGUAUUGAUGUUCCUACAACUGUAACUCAUUAAGUGAUGCAUGGUUUAAUGGUAAUAUAUAUAAUUUUUUUAAUACAGUUUUCCCCACAAAAUGGAUAGCUAUUUAUUUUUAUAUCACAAAGUAAUGCUUUUGUGAAAGAAUUUAAAACUCAAACUGAUUCCAGACGCACAGUAAGAAGUAUGCAAUAAUGUCACUUACUAGUAACUUUCCUGUUUAUGUUCGAUUAGUUCAGUAAUUGAUGAAGGAACUUUGAUCACACGGAAACCUUAAGAAGGGAGAACAGUGUAUUUUGUAUAAUGAGUAUUAAUGCAAAUUUUUGAUGUGUGUACAGAUAAACUGAAUGAAUGAUCCAAAUAUGGAUGAAAAAGUUUGUUUUUGUUUGUUUGCUUUUUUUUUUGUCCAAAUUAAGGCAAUAGCAAAGUAAUAUGUGUUUGAGUUUUUAUUCUGAAAUGUUGUUUAUUUUUUAAAAAAAAAAAGAAUCACCAGGACAUUUUACAUAAAAGAUUUGAUGAGAAGAAAGAUGGCUAUGAAAAACACAAAAACCUGUUUAAAAUAAUUAGGUUUUUUUUUUACAAAUUUGCCUGUUAGUAAAAAAGUUAUAAAAUUGUCUUGAUAUAUUGUUGUUAAUAACUGUUCAGGACUUAUUGAUCAAAUAAUGCAUUUUUGGCCAUGAAUAAAACACAUAUUUGCACUUUUAAAACUAAUUUCAAAAAUAUCUUUUAAUUGCAAAAAAGCAUGCAGUUUGUUGUGUCUAUGCCAACGAGUAAAAUAAAUAGAUCCUGCACUCAAAUGGGAAAAGUGGAGAUCAAAAGUAUGGUUCACCUCAAAAUUUUAAAUAUCUCAUAUAUUUACCCUCCAUCCUAGAUGUAUGACUUUCUUCUGCUUGUCUUCCUGGUUUAAUCCAUGUCUUCAGAAGCGAUAUGAUAGUUGUAGGAGAAAAACAGAUCAAUAUUUGAAUCAUUUUUUACUGUAAAUUCUGCUCCCUGACCAGUGGCCAUUUUCACACAGCAGCAGAAAACAGUUGUCAGACCAGUUUUGAGUGCUUAAUACGGUUAUGUUCACACAAAGGUUAUUUACGGGUGUGAGAACCACAUACUAUAACCGAACUGACACCUGCAAAUUUUCAGGUCUCACAACCGCAUUCUCGGCAAACAUGUGCUCUGUGAACAGAACCGUAUUGGACAACUAGUUAUUAGUUACAUCAUAUAAAGUGAGAGACGCGCUGCACUGUAACAAUAUGAAACCAAAUUAUUGGCAUAGCAGAUUUUGUACACUGUGUAAUAUAGGGUAUUAAUUUAUGGUUUGUGCUUCUAAGAUCAU